CCCGAAUCCGCCAAUAACUCGACAUUGAGCACAAAGGAACCAAAAUGUCGCUCUCUAAAAGCGAGUCCGACGUAAUCCUCAACCGGGCCAACGUCGCCCUAUCUCGCAGCCAACGGCUCGUAGCCUCAUGGCUACCGCAACAAACAGAAGAACUAGCAAACCCCAAGACCGACGAAGAGCUCCAACGAGAAGAAGAUGAAAUCUUCACCGCAGUACCAGAGACUCUCGGCGUCGGAGCCCCCCUCCCCCAGAAAGCAGCAGAUGGAAGCUGGAACCGCACAGAGCUGGACUCAAACGAUAAACUGCGCAAACAACUCCUCGGCAAGAACUACAAUCGCGUUAUGAAGGCCGCCGCCGAGCAGAAGGCCGCGGCUGCUGCUGCUACGGCCGCGGCUGCGUCUGCUUCGGCCAGUGUGGCGAAAGCCGAAGUCGAAGAGGAGUAUGAUGAAGAGGAUGGUCGGUCGGCUAUGCUUGCUAGACAAAAGAAUAAGAGGAAAGGUGGGGCUGGGGUGGGUCGCGGUGUGCAUCCUGCUGCUGCGGCUGCGGCUGCUGAGGCCGGAGAUAAAGGUGGUGAGGAGGGUGAGGGUGAGGGUGCGCCGGCUCCUGCGCGCUCAAAGGGCAGGAAGAAGGCGACGAGUUAUCUUGAUGAGCUUCUGGCUGAGCGUGCGAAGAAGAGAAAGAAGAGGUGA